AUGACCACGCCACCCUUCAUUGCUGACCGGCUAUGGCACUCGCUCUGCCCCGCAUAUGCGCGCCUCUCCACCGGCACCCGGCGUGCCCUUUUGAGGACUUCGACCCAACACCCUAGCGCUCUUCGCCCGAGAAAGGUUUCUUUGCCGGCGCAAUGCGCCCGACACUCGAGCACCACCGGGACCCCCGUCCGAUUCGUUGCACCCGGGAGCGCAACCACCAAAGGUGGAGAAGUCUUAGCAUUGAAGCAGAAACGGAGAUAUGAAGAGAGGCUAAAGUCGACCGCCGUUCAUGAGCUGGAUGGCGUCGAAACGGCGCAGAUCUACCAUCGCCUGCGUCGACUGGCGGCAGACGGAGACAUUGACGCGGUUGAGCACGUAAUAUCGUAUCUGUUGCAAAAGAGAGGGGAGGAGCCGAACGUGGCCCUUUACGAUGCUGCUAUCCUGUCCAAUGUGUCUGCGGAAAAGGGCUCGGCGGCGAGAGCUACCGUGCUGCUGAGAGAGAUGGGAGAAAACGGGCUGGAGCCGACAGCAGGAACAUGCCACGACAUACUCAGGGUUGUCGCUGCCCAUCCGGACUAUCUCCUCAGAGACGCGAUCACCCAGUACAUGCGCCAGAGAUGGUUCAAUAUUACCGACGACGGCCGCCAUGAUAUAGCCGUGGGCCUUCUUCGAGAAUCACAAUUGGAGCUGGCGCUGAGUUACAUGGAUACCAUGGUCUCUGAAGGGAUUCCGAUCAAGAGCUGGUUGUACGACAUGGCGAUUUACACGCUCUGCGACGUUGAAGAGGUGGACGAAGCACUCAAAAUUAUGCAGCGGCGGGUCGAGUCUGGCGAGCAGAAUAUUUCGAAGCCGGUGUGGUACAGCUUGCUCGAUGCUGCUAGCAGUGUGCAAAAUCUUGCAGCAAUAGAAUAUGUUUGGAAACGCCAGGUUGGCCCCGGACAUAUCAACCCAUCAUCCAGCAUCUGUUUCAACAUUCUUGCUGCCGUUUCGCGAGUUGGAGAUGCCGACCUGGCAACAGACGUUUUUCGUGUGCUGAGCGAGCGGAAAGAGGUGUUUACACAACAACACUAUGAAAUGCUCGUGGACACCUACAUUCAAGCUGGCGACAUGAAAACAGCCCUUUCGGUGUUGUGCAUCAUGCAGACCAGUGGCGCGCCGCCCAACGACUACUCGACGAGGAAGCUUUUCCAGUGGACGCGCGCCGAGGCUGAUCGUCCAGUCGAACUUUUCGACCAGCUACGGAAAUUGAAGGAUGACGGCCAUACGAUUCCCCUCGCGGCAAUCAACGUGUUGAUUGAGGCAGCAAUUUUCCGCGACGAUUUCGAUACGGCCGUCGACAUAUACAAGGCUCUGCAUACGUUAUGCGAGGAUGGACCUUCGACAUCAACUUUCAACACUCUCCUCCGGGGAUGCCGUCACCGCAAGGACCUGGCCAUGUUUCUGGCGGCCGAGAUGGUGGAGAGGAAAGUGGAACCGGACGCUCUGACGUACGAUCGGCUCUUGUUGGCCUCUCUCCUCCGCCAAAUCGUCGCGGGCCCGCGCGCGCGGCACCCGGAAGCCGGGCUCGACCUUUGCUACGUGACAGACUCGAUCAUCGCGACGUCGGGGCCGUCAGGGACGUACCCGCAGCGGGCGUACCGCAACCCGCUGGACCAGCUGGUCAAGUUCCUGGACAAGCACCACGGGCAGAAGUGGGCGAUCUGGGAGUUCCGGGCCGAGGGGACGGGCUACCCGGACGAGGAGGUGUACGGGCGCAUCUGGCACUACCCGUGGCCGGACCACCACCCGCCGCCGUUCGCGCUGGUGCCGCGCAUCGUGGCGUCGAUGCGCAACUGGCUGCGCGCCGACAAGGACAACGUGGCCGUGGUGCACUGCAAGGCCGGCAAGGGCCGCUCCGGCACCGUCUCGUGCUCCUACCUCAUCGCCGAGGAGGGCUGGAAGGCCGAGGACGCGCUGAAGCGCUUCACCGAGCGCCGCAUGCGUCCUAGCUUCGGCCCUGGCGUGUCGAUUCCCAGCCAGCUGCGCUGGGUGGGCUACGUCGAUCGCUGGACCAAGGGCGGCAAGGUCUACGUCGAGCGCCAGAUCGAGAUCCUCGAGGUCCACGCUUGGGGCAUCCGGAACGGUGUUCGCGUCAGCAUCGAGGGCUUCGUUGAUGAGGGAAAGGUGAUUAAGACGUUUCACACCUUCAGCCGCGCCGAGCGGCAGAUCGUCCGGGGCACCGUCAAGGAUUCCGGCGGCCUCGCCGACGUCGUCAACGAGGUCCUCGCUCAGCGAAGGCUGGAGAAGGCGGCCAAGGAGGACCAGUCGUCGUCGGGCUCGUCCACUCCGGUAGACCGCAAGGCUAACAAGGAGCUGCCGCUGAGUCCAGAGGAGCAGGAGAGCGGCGCAGACGACAGCCCGGCGGAAUAUGGCGAUGUCAUAUUCAGGCCCUCCAAGCGAGUCGUGCUCCCGACCAGUGAUAUCAAUAUCGAUUUUGAACGGCGGAAUAAGGCCAUGUACGGCUACACCAUGGUCACUUCGGUGGCGCACGUCUGGUUCAACACAUUCUUUGAAGGCAACGGCCCGGAGCAGAAAGGCAAGGCAGAUGAUUCCGGCACCUUUGAGCUUGAAUGGAGUAAGAUGGAUGGCAUCAAGGGCAGCAGCCGCAAAGGCACUAGAGCAUUCGACAAGGUGGCGGUUGUUUGGAGAGCAAUCCCAGAUUCGGAAACGGGCCACCCCGAUGUCGUUAUCACGGAACCGAAGGUGGGAGAGGAAGUUCCACAGUCCAAACCCGCCGAUUGGAAGGGAGGGGAGCCCUCGGAGCGUAAUGGAAAGGAGCUGGGCUUGCGCACCGAGACGCCUCCUGGCGGAAGUCCUAGCCUCUCCAAGGCGAGCAGCGUGAGGACUCAGAACAGUGCAAACAAUUCAGGCAUGGUAUCUACGGAAGACACGAUCAACGAGACCAUGGGGUUGAAGACGCAUGGGCGUGGCGGCGAGCAAAUCGUGCAAGCUACCAGCAGCAGCUCGGAAGAGUCGUCGCCUAUCAGGACCGAGAAGCCGCAGGUGAUUCCGACCAUCUCGAACCCUGAGCUCGCGAGCAACGGGAUCGCCGCCAAGGAUCAGGCAGCCGGAGCAUCUACAGAACCGACGGCGGGAAUUGUCCAGGGGAAAGAGCACGUUUCGACAAGCUCGUUACCGGGAGGAGUACCUGAAGAAGAAAUGAAGACGGCACAUCCGCACGGACUGGGCCACAUGAAGUCCAAGAAAGACUCGGAGACAAGCUCGUGA